GUAUGGAUCGAAACCAACCACACGGCUCGAUCUGCUAAAACCAAAAACCUAUCUAAAAGGAGCAAAAGUGUUGAAUUGCACUUGCUGACUUCCACAAAUGGCAAAGAGCAGUUCGAGGUUUGUCGAGUUUAUGAAGUAGCAGCAGUCACAGGUCGAUAAGUGUUCAGCUCAUAUAGAUCGUUUAUUAAUGCUAGUCUUAUUCUCUGACAGGCCAUAAUACACCUUGUACAUAAAUACAUUCAUUCAUUCAUACUUACCUUCCGCUUGUCAUGACAAAUUCCUGUCAAAAAAAUCCUACUGUUUCAAGUCAUUUAAACAUUGUAUAAUAGCAAUCAAUUGGUGAGACGGUGUAGGCAAAUCCGGAAGUAGUGGAAAAAAGCAAUACAACAAAUAAUACCAACUUCAGUUCAUCAUUUACGAGUUUCAGCACAAAAGUUCUUCUCUUUUCUGUACAAAACUUAAUCUCUAACUGGAAUCGUGGUGUCUAAAAAACAUAGCAUAACAAAUCAGCAAGUGACGCUAUAUACCCAAAUUCUGUGAUUGUUCUUCCCUGGGUGUCCCUGCCAUUGUUAAAUUAAAUACUGGUGGUGGUGGCGAGUGAUUAAACGGCCUUUACUAAAUAAUACACGAUUCGAUUGAAUUCAUGGCCACUGACAAUCGUUCGUGUUAACAUCAGAGCAAUAUUAAAAGUGAACCUUUUUUAAAGACGUGAUUCAAGUAUCGAAAAUACAUCUCACUGUGUUCAAUACCAUUAAAUACAUGAGACGAUCGUGUUGUUGAGAUAUUUUACAUAGGACAAUCAUAAUAAAUAAAUAAAUAACGGUGUUGUAAUCACAAAACCAUACGAAAUACGUUUAUAAACUGCAAGUAUGACAAGCGUUGUGACAAAGUCUAAUGAGAAUUUCUUCAGGCAGUCGAAGAAAUCGGACGUGGUAAUGACGGAGGAACAGCUCCUAAAAAAAGAGUUUAUUACUCCUGACGAAGUUCUUCGGCUGAACAGAGUCACUGAAAGCUACCUCUGCAAACCGGAAGAAAACGUGUAUGAAAUCGACUUCACCCGUUUCAAAAUUCGAGACAUGGAGACAAAUACAGUGUUGUUUGAAAUAGCUAAGCCGACAGAGGUUGUGGACUCGUUGCCGCAUGACAACGACGAAGACAUCGAUCCAAACGCUGGUCGGUUCGUAAGGUACCAAUUCACACCACAGUUCCUGCGUCUCAAGAUUGUGGGAGCGACGGUUGAAUUCACGGUGGGGACAAAGGCUGUAGAAAACUUCAGAAUGAUUGAAAGACACUUUUUCCGAGACAGACUGCUGAAAACGUUCGAUUUCGAAUUUGGGUUCUGCAUCCCUCACAGUCGGAACACGUGUGAACACAUUUACGAAUUUCCACCACUUACUCCCGAACUAACCAAGGACAUGAUCGCAACCCCAUUUGAGACUCGAUCCGACUCUUUCUACUUUGUGGACAACAGGUUAAUAAUGCACAACAAAGCGGACUAUGCAUAUAACGGUGGGCUCCAAGUUCCUUAAUCAAGUGACAAGAAAAGUGAGAAAUUCAUGCAAUUAAGAGUAUAAUUCGGCUAUAAAUAUACAUAUGUAUCUCGUCAUCAUCAUCGCAUUUAGUUCAUUGCCUAAAUAAAAAUAGACCGUGUGGACACGUAUGUAGUUCGUAGCCAGCAGUAUCAAACUGAAGUAAUUUAGUUCCUUAUAACACGUAAUAAUGUUCAAUUUAAAAUCUUCUGUCCCCUCAUCUGGUCACCACAAUAAUAAUAAAAUAAUGCACCGUGGUGGAUCCACCCCUCGAGUUGAUUAGUUAGUUGUAGUCUUGUAGGGUACGUCAGUCCUCACUAAAUAGUUAAUAGAGUUGUUAUUAGCAUUAAAUCAUUAAAUAAAUAAUACCACGGAAAUAUAUAUGUGAAUGAAAUGAUGCUAAAUAAUAAGAAGAAGGAAUCAAAUUUA